GGGCGCAGCGGCGGCGGCGGCGGCAGGCAGCGGGGCAGGCGGGCUCCCCCGGGGAGGGGGCCAGGAGAGCGCCUUCGGCUGGGCGCGGGGCUGCGGCGUCGGGGCGACCCCGCCCGGCAGCCGGAGAAGAGGCGAUGCUGAGCCCGGGCAUCGCGCUCAGCCCAAGGCGGGGCGGUGGGAAGGGCCGCCUGGGGGCCGAGGAGCGCGGAUCGCUGCCCACCCGGAACCCCCUUUGGCCUCCCGGCUCUCCGCGAAGGAGCCGCCGGCGCUGCACGGGGGUCGCCGGCUCCCGCUUUGCCCUGCUCCCGGGCGCGGCAGGUAAGCGGGGAGAAGGACAUUGCAGACCCCCCCCCGUCCCUCUGCUCCCCCCGAAGAAAGGGAAGCGGUCGGAUGGGUCCGGCUACGGAGGAGAGGCUGCCCCCCCCCACCCCGCAGGUGGGCUGCGCGCCCCUUCUCACUUGCCGGCAGCGGAGCAACGGGGGGGGGCGUCGGAGGGGAUUCCCGGAGGCCUCCCAAAUCGCCCCGGUGGGGGGGGGCGUCUCUCCUGACAACGGCCGGUCAAGGUGGGGGCAGGAAAGGCGCCUUGUAUAGAUAGCCCCCCCCCGUCCUGGGAAACAGCGGAGAGGAGGGCGGGGCUGCGCCGGAUUCCUUGGCUGCGAAAGAGCGGACUGAGACGGAUCCGAGUCCAGUCUGGGCGCCUUCCGUGGAAUUUGGACUGGCGACAGGCAGCGGCCUUAAGCGGAGGAGAUAAGGAUGGGGUCGGAAAAAUACAGGCGGCCCUAGGUCAGAGCGAGCAGAUUUGUUCAUUUAUUUAAUUAGUUCGUACACCUCCCAUUUGGUAAAGAUGAAAUGCAGGUAAAAGGGGCCCCUAUAUAGAAGCUUAAAACAAGGCCUAGUCAAUAUAAUGGAGGUAACAAGCGAUACUACAGUGUAUCUGCAGAGUGUGGAAAAGUCACUUCCCCUUUGCUCAAAAAACAGAAUCCUGCAAUCUCAGGACUUGCUUAAUAUCCAGAUGCCUCCACAAGCUUCACCCUUGUGACCCUGAGGCCCUAAUUUCUGAAUCCGCUCAUUAGCCGGCCAGUGUCAUUGGAGGGAAGACGGGAAUUGAGAAAAUGUGUUCCCCCUUCCUGAUCUAAGCCCACCAGGGCCACCCAAGCAGUGGUCUCCACAGGAUGUGUGUGUGUGUGUCUUCCUUCAGGCUCAGAAGCUAAGCAGGGCCCAGCCUGGUUUGUGCUUGGAAGAGCAAUCACCAGUUCCAAAGCCAGACAGGCAUGGAAAUUGCUUCGGAAUGGUUGCCGAGAAAAUUUCAUGGAGCCAUCCCUGAUAUUGCUGAACCUACAUAAAGGAGGGUUAACUUUUUUUUUUAAAAAAAAAAAAUCACCCGAUGAACAUCCUCAGCUGACUUUCGAACGCCCAGAGCGAGCAGUGAGAAGGUCGCUCGUUGGGCUCUCCGUAACCAGGGCUUUUUUUCUCAUAGAAUGCCCAGAACGGAGUUCCGGCACCUCUUUUGGAUGGAACCUUGUAGGAUAGGCAAGGCGGGUUGUAUGACGUGUCUGUCUGGGCAAGCCCGUGCCAGUUUCCUGCCUGGAAUGCCAACCGUUCAUGCCAGUUUCCCGCCUGGAAUGCCAACCGUUCAGGAAGCUGCUGACUGACUCCAGAAAGAGGAACAGCCUUCAGACCGGGCCGCCAAGAUGUCGUCGACCUCCCUCCGCAGCCCGGCUCUCCUUCCCCACGUGCUGGUGGCCCUCUUUGGGAUGGGCUCCUGGGUCUCCGUGAACUCCCUCUGGGUGGAGCUUCCGGUGGUGGUGAAGAAGCUGCCAGAAGGCUGGAACCUUCCCGCCUACCUCUCUGUCCUCAUCGCCCUGGGGAACAUCGGCCCGGUGAGCGUGACCCUGGUCCACCACUUUGCCCCCAAGAGGCUGAAGGAGCAGUGGCUAAUCCACGCCAUCCAGGCCUUGGCCACGGCCACGGCGCUCUUCCUUGCCCUCUUGUGGGACCGCACCGCCGUGGUGGCCGGGGAGCCCCGCAGCGUGGCCUUCUUGGCGCUGACGUUCCUGCUGGCCCUGGCCUGCUGCACCUCCAACGUCUCCUUCCUGCCCUUCAUGUACCAGUUCCCCCCGCUCUUCAUCCGCACCUUCUUUGUCGGCCAGGGGCUGAGCGCCCUCCUGCCCUGCGUGCUGGCUCUGGGGCAGGGCGUGGGGCAGCUGGAGUGCCUCAACGACACCCGGCAGAAUGCCUCGCGGUCACGCUACCUGGAGGAGAACUUCUCCGCCAGCACCUACUUUGGGCUGCUGGUGGCCCUGCUGGCGGCCUCUGCCCUCGCCUUCCUGGCCCUGGUCCUCUGGCACGGCCGCCAGGGCACCCCGGAACAGAGGAGCCCUCCCGAGGAGCGGACAGACCCGGAGGAGGCCUACCCCUUGCGUGACAACAGCGACCCCGCUUUGCACGAUGGCGCUGCCGAGGUCUCCCCUGGCAGGGACUCUGCCUCCCCCCAGACCUUCUGGACAGGGAGGAACAUCUACCUGCUGGUGCUCCUGGGGGUCUCCAAUGCCCUGACCAACGGGGUGCUGCCUUCGGUGCAGACCUACUCCUGCCUGCCCUACGGCAACACCGCCUACCAUCUCUCGGUGGUCUUCAGCAACAUUGCCAACCCCGUAGCCUGCUUCAUCGCCAUGUUCCUCCUGUGUCGGUCAUCCCUGGCCCUGAGCGCCAUCUCGGCUGCCGGAUGCGUCUUUGGGAUCUACCUGAUGGUGCUGGCGGCCCUCAGCCCCUGCCCCCCACUGUAUGACAGCCACGUGGGGGUCGCUCUUGUGGUGCUGGCCUGGAUCUUAUUCUCCGGCCUUUUCUCCUACCUAAAGGUGGUCAUCGGCAGCCUGCUGCACGAGGCCGGCCACACAGCCCUCCUCUGGUGCGGGGCUGUUAUCCAGGCGGGCUCGCUGCUGGGGGCCUUGGCCAUGUUCCCCCCGACCAGCGUCUACCGCCUCUUCCAGCGCGGACAGGACUGCGUGGACAACUGCAGGGCGUGAGUGGUGGCCGGGGCCAGGCAGAGACCCCCCGGGGGUGGUGAAGACCCUGCAGCUCUCUGCCUCCAAGGACUGUUUGCCAUGGUGCCUGGGCAGAGGGGCCCGCUCGGCAUCCGUCCCGGGGUGGCGCUCCUGGGGAAGUGGAUGCUCUGCCCUCUGUGCAGCUGGGGGGGGGAGUGGGCUUUCCUCUGCGACUCUCCUUUUUGGAUCAGGCGUCUCAGGUGAUCCAGGGUUUUUCUGGGCAUCUGGACCCUUCUGUGGCUCUUGGAUGGAGCUACCUCAUCCCAGUGGCAACGUUGGCUCUUUUAUGACUCGUGGACUUCAACUCCCAGAA